AUGGCACCGCUCGGGAAGCUUUUUGGCCCAGAAAGUUCUCCGGCGGUCAAGCCGAUUUGGAAAGAGUUUUCACGCACAAUCGAGAAGUGUCUUGCCGUUGCCGCCUAUGUUGAUCUCGAGAUUGAGCGGCCGCUGUAUGUGCACGACGUCGACAACAAAAAGCCAGAUUUCCUCGCAAAGUUCCCCGCUGGGAAGAUCCCUACCUGGGAGGGUAGUGAUGGUUUCCUGCUGUUUGAGUCGACCGCUAUUGCGAAAUACCUCGCGAGUCUUGCCCCGGACUCGGGACUUCUCCCCACAGACCCCAGGACCGCUGCGCUUGUCAAUCAAUGGGUCUCCUUCGCCGAGAAAGAAAUUCAAGCCAUGAACUUCCCCAUUUACCAGAUCACCCAUGGCAUCAUUGCGCCAUACAACAAGACGAUCCACGCUCAUUUCGUUGCGCAACAGUUCCGUGGGUUCGACGUCGUCGAGAAGCACCUUGCUACGCGUACCUUCCUCGUUGGGGAGCGCAUCACCCUCGCCGAUAUAUCGCUCGCUAUGUCCACCCUUACUGCCGUGUAUGUGACCCUCGGCUCCGCAGCGCGCGCCAAGUAUCCGAACGUGAUCCGUCACCUGGAGACGAUCGUGUACCAUCCGAAGAUCAAGUCCGUCUUUGGCGAGAUCGCGUACCAGGAGAAGGCAAUGGAGUACGUGCCGCCACCGAAGGAGAAGGAGCCGAAAGGUCAUGGAGAGCCAAAUCCGAAGCCCGAGAAGAAGAAGAAGAAGAAUAAAGCAGUCGAAGAGGACGAAGAAGACGACGAUCUGGCUCCUAAGGAGGAGCCAAAGGCGAAGAACCCUCUAGAUUUGCUGCCGAAGUCCUCCUUCAACCUGGAGGAUUGGAAGCGUGCCUAUUCUAACAAGGACACUCGCGGCUCUGGCGGCUCUUUAGAAUGGUUCUACGAAUACUUCGACCCCGAAGGCUUCUCCGUCUGGCGCGUCGACUUCAAGUACAACGACGAGCUCACCCAGACUUUCAUGUCCUCCAACCAGAUCGGUGGCUUCUUCAACCGCCUUGAGGCUUCGCGCAAGUAUCUUUUCGGGUCCAUGGGCGUACUAGGCGCAACGAAUGACUCGAUCCUAACCGGCGUUUUGGUAUGCCGCGGCAAGGAUAUCAAGUCCGCCGUUGAGGUUGCUCCCGAUUGGGAGAGCUACGAUUACACUCCAAUCAACCUAUCGGACGUCAAGCAGAAGGCGUUCUUCGAAGGCGCUCUCGCCUGGGACCUGGAGAUCGACGGGAAGGCUUGGGCUGAUGGCAAGAACGUGAGAUUCCUGAGCAAUUCUAGCUCAGAUACGAUCACUAAUGGGGGACCGAUUCAGUUCAAAUAA